AAUCCGCGUAACAACAGAAGAUAUGUCUGGAUGGAUCAUAUAAAUAUCAAACCAAACCAAACCGCAAGCUUACCCCUUCAAUCAUCAUUCAUUACUAAUUAAUUGUUACCAAAUUAACCUUGCAACUUGAUUCAUUCAUUCAAUUCAACCCACUACUCUUUCUUAUCUCAGCUUCAUUUUCUAGUCAAAUUUUCCAUCACCAACUUCACGACUUAAUUAGCCUUUCGCUGCUGAAGAUGACGAUCACGGCAGCUCCGACGGUGAAGGAAGAGUGCCUCAUGGUGAGGGGAAAGGUUGUUUUGACCCAAGUCCCCGACAACAUCGUGGUUUCUCCGGUUGGUAGUGGUACAGCCACAGGGUGUGCUUUCUUGGGCGCAACUUCCACCGUUCCAAAUUCCCGUCAUGUCUUCACUCUUGGCUAUCUCAGGGGAUAUAAGCUGUUAUCUUUGUUCAGAUUCAAAAUCUGGUGGAUGAUCCCGCGUGUAGGGAGAUCUGGUAGUGAUGUUCCAGUAGAAACUCAAUUGCUGCUGCUGGAAGCAAGAGAAGAGGCUGCGCUUCAUGAUGAAUUUUCUUCUGAAUCUGAAGAGUCGACGGCUGAUAACACUUCCUACAUUCUCUUCUUGCCUGUUUUGGAUGGACAGUUUCGCGCAACUUUGCAGGGAACCCCAUCAAAUAAGCUCCAAUUCUGUGUUGAAAGUGGAGAUGCCCAAGUCCAAACUUCCCAAUCAAAUGAAGCAAUAUUUGUACAUUCAGGGGACAAUCCAUUUGAAUUGAUCCGGGAUUCUAUAAAGAUAUUGGAGAAACACAAAGGAACUUUCUGCCAUAUUGAAAACAAGAAGGUCCCUUCACAUCUUGAAUGGUUUGGAUGGUGUACUUGGGAUGCUUUUUAUACUGAAGUGAAUCCACAGGGAAUAAGAGAGGGCAUUCAAAGUCUCUCAAAUGGAGGUUGUUCACCAAAGUUUGUCAUCAUUGAUGAUGGAUGGCAAGAGACCCUCAAUGAGUUUCACAAAGAAGGUGAACCAAUGAUUGAAGGAACCCAGUUUGCAACAAGACUGAUUGACAUUAAAGAAAACAAGAAGUUCAGCAAUCCAAGCUCUGACGAUUGUUGCAACAAUCUUCAUGAUUUUCUGGACUGUAUCAAACAGAAUUUCAGUGUAAGAUACAUUUACAUGUGGCAUGCUUUAGCUGGUUAUUGGGGAGGAGCACUCCCUUCAUCAGAUGCAAUGAAGAAAUAUAAUCCAAGACUUGCACAUCCAAUUCAGUCACCAGGUGCCAAAGGGAACCUCAGAGAUGUAGCUAUGGACAGCUUGGAAAAAUAUGGAGUGGGAAUCAUAGACCCACAAAAGAUAUACAACUUUUACAAUGAUUAUCACAGUUAUCUUGCAAGCUGUGGUGUGGAUGGAGUUAAAGUAGAUGUCCAAAAUUUGAUCGAAACGUUGGGUUCUGGGUACGGUGGACGCGUUUCAUUAACCAAACAGUACCAAGAAGCACUGGAGGAAUCAGUGGAAAGGAACUUUAAGGACAAUAAUCUCAUUUGCUGCAUGUCUCAUAACUCUGAUUCAAUUUACAGUUCAAAGAAGAGUGCAGUAGCAAGAGCAUCUGAGGAUUUCAUGCCAAGAGAACCUACAUUUCAAACCUUACACAUUGCCUCAGUAGCUUUUAACAGUCUUCUUCUGGGGGAGAUAUUUGCGCCAGAUUGGGACAUGUUCCAUAGCAAGCACGAGACAGCCGAGUUCCAUGCUGCAGCAAGAGCAAUUGGUGGUUGUGCAGUAUAUGUAAGUGAUAAGCCUGGUAAUCAUGAUUUUAAAAUCCUGAAGAAGCUAGUACUGCCUGAUGGAUCAGUCUUGAGAGCAAGAUAUGCAGGCCGUCCUACUCGAGAUUGUUUAUUUGAAGAUCCUGUAAUGGAUGGUAAAAGUCUGCUGAAAAUUUGGAACAUGAAUAUGCUUACCGGGGUGGUAGGCGUCUUUAACUGCCAAGGAGCAGGAACUUGGCCAUUGAAAUCAUCAGAAACCGUACCAACACACUUAUCCAUUUCAGGGAAAGUGAGACCUCUGGAUGUUGAAUUUCUUGAAGAGGUUGCUGGUAAAAAUUGGAAUGGAGAUUGCAUAGUUUAUGCUUUCAAUGCAGGUUUGCUUUCCAAGCUGCCAAGCACAGGGAAACUAGAAGUGUACUUGGAGACUCUCCAAUGUGAAAUAUAUACAGUAUCUCCUAUCAGGGUGUUUGGUCAUGAAGUUCAAUUUGCUCCAAUAGGAUUGCUUGACAUGUACAAUUCAGGAGGAGCAGUAGAAGCUCUAGACUGCUGCACCAGGGAUGUUGCGGAAUGCAGAAUAAAAACCAAAUGCAGAGGAUGUGGCCGUUUUGGAGCCUACUCCAAUGUUAGACCAAAACGUUGUAUGGUGGACAUGAAGGAUGAGGAGUUCUCCUACAACUCUGAAGAUGGAUUAUUGACUAUUAAAGUUGAGGGUGAAGGCAAUUCAAGGGAAAUAGAAUUGGUAUACUGAUGAUGAAAAAGUAAUUGUUAAUUUUAUGUUCAGUAGUGCAAAGAUUUUUUACCAAUUGCUUGAAUAUCCGUUGUAGCAUCAUUGUAUUGAAAGAAACUUAUUUUC